AUGUUAUUUAUGCGAUGGGCAAGUACGGAGAAACGUUUAGCAGUGUAUGACCCAUUUGAUUCUCUGCCUAAAAAGACUAAAAAAUCCUAUUUAGAGGCCAUUAAAAUAUUUGAGGGUCAGGACACUAGAAGACGCGGUCAUGUUGAAUUUAUUUAUGCCGCUCUUGCUAAAAUGCAAGAAUUUGGAGUUCAAAAGGACCUUGAGGUGUAUAAGGCCUUAGUGGAUGUACUACCGAAGGGAAAGUUCAUACCUCAAAAUAUAUUUCAGGCAGAAUUUAUGCAUUAUCCUAAGCAACAGCAAUGUGCUGUUGACCUACUUGAACAAAUGGAAGAUAACAAAGUAAUGCCAGAUUCGGAGAUGGAACAAAUGCUUCUCAAUGUGUUUGGAAAACGAGGAAUACCUCUUCGCAAAUUCUGGCGUAUCAUGUACUGGAUGCCAAAAUUCAAAAACCUAUCUCCAUGGUUCUUGCCAGAUAGUUUGCCUGCCGACACAUUGGAGCUGGCCACAUUGGCUAUUCAGAGGAUAACAUCAGUGGACCCAGAUACUAAAAUUAGUAUUUGGCAGACAGAAGAAAUAGAAGCUUGUCUGGAUAAGACCUGGGUGGUUAGUGCACAGAGUGAAGCACAACAUGUGUUGUUAUCGGAGCAGCCUGACGAAGAACCUUUGGUGGUGAAGGGACCCUUUGAUGUGUACCUAAGAGACCAAGUAGUAAGCUACUUUAUGUUGAUAGGAAAGACUAGACCUGAAUUUAAAGAUAAUACAGAUGACGAUGAUGUCUCAAAUAUAGAAAAACCUCCUGGUAUCCCUGGUGUCAUUGGCACCCCUAAGUUGCCUGCUGUUAGACACACAACAGUACAUGAACAAGAUAAUGGCACUAUUGUGGCUAUUUGUGCCACAGGUACAUCAUCAAGGGACUCAUUACUAUCUUGGAUUAGACUGCUAGAAAAGUAUGAUAACCCUGUGCUACGUAACAUCCCAGUUAUAUUUACACUUACAUCACCAUCUAAUGACAUAGCGGUGCAAGAAACUCAACCAGCAACUGAAGGCAAUAAAACUGAAAAAAAGAAUACCUCACUGUAA